AAUUCGAUUCAUUUUCAAUCCCUUCUUCUUUAAGAAACCGGCAUUGAUUUUGUUCAUAUAUUAAGGGAGCAGGAAGAAACACUUGGGUGCAGCAUAAAAAUCCUGUUGCAGGUGAGGGGCAUGGACAAAGGUGGAGAAGUAGAAGAGCUUUCACACGCAGCAGCAGCAGCUGAAGUGAAGUUGCAGCUCAGUGUGGAUGAUGUGAUAGACAGAUACGUGGGAUCCCUGGGGUUAUCCCAGCUGCUGCACGUGUUAUUAGUGUCAUUUGCAUGGGUAUUUGAUUCCCAAAACACCCUAGUCACCAUCUUUACUGAUGCCCAGCCAACUGCUUGGAGAUGCAAGAGCCUUGACCAUCACCACACUAAUGCAUCAGUAUCCUCGUCUUGCUGCAUCAACAACGCUAGCGGUGGCGGCAAAGGCCGACCGAGUCAUGUUUGCGGAUUGGCAGCCGGGACUUGGGAGUGGGUUGGAGGGACUACCACGUCCACUAUUGCCGAGUGGAAUCUUAUCUGCGACCGCAAGUUUCUUGCUGCUAUUCCGGCUUCUCUCUUCUUCAUUGGCACAAUUUUCGGAUGUGCUUUCUUCGGUCGGCUGGCGGACGGAUGGUUAGGUAGAAAGAAAACAUUAUUGGUGGCAUGCAUCUUAACCUCCACCACAACUUUCAUGACCUCUUUUUCGCCAAACAUUUGGAUAUAUGCACUUCUCCGAUUCACAAACGGGUUUUCCCGUUCUGGAGCCGGUAUAUGUUGUCUUGUCCUUUCGACAGAAGUCGUCGGCCGUAAAUGGCGAGGCCAAGUAGGCCAAUACGGUUUCUUUUUCUUCACUGCUGGCUUCCUAUCUCUCCCAUUCAUUGCCUAUCCUACAAGAGCCCAUUGGAGGUAUAUGUAUAGGAUUAUAUCCCUUCCCCCUCUUGUCUAUACAUUUUUCUUAGUCUUGUUGGUAUCAGAGUCACCUCGUUGGCUCCUUGUACGAGGGAGAAACAAAGAAGCACUCAACGUAUUACGAAAGUUAGCGCGAGGAAAAGAAUUACCCAACAAUAUAGAGCUUAUACUUGCAUCUUCAGCAACAACAAGCAUAGGCGUUGAAGGUGAUAUAAAUGAAAGCAUAUGGACCACGAAAUGGGCCGCUAGGAGGAUGAUUACUAUAAUGGCAUGUGCUUUGGGGGUUGGAUUUGUGUACUAUGGUAUCCAACUAAACGCCCAAAACCUCAACUUCAAUUUCUAUGUCACUGUUAUAAUUAAUGCCCUGAUGGAUAUUCCUGCUGUUCUAAUCGGUGGCGUGUUAUUGGGCUUCAUGAACCGACGUCUCCUUUUAUUGUUGUCCGCGGUUUUAGCCGGCAUUUCGUGUCUUCUUUGCAUCAUAUUCUCCACCGCAUCGAAAGGCAAAGCAAAGGUUGAUGAUGGGUCCAAAAGUACAAGCAGUUGGCCUCAACUGAUAAUCGAAUCUAUUGGUUUUAUGGCCUCUUCUAUUGCGUUUAAUGUCUUGUAUGUUUAUUGUGUGGAGCUUUUCCCCACCAAUGUAAGGAAUUUCGCAGUGUCGCUAUUGCAGCAAUCGUUGAUGCUAGGCGCUUCGUUAUCACCUUUGUUGGUGGUCGUUGGUCGUCUGAGUCCAUCUCUCUCGUUUGCUAUAUUUGGGGCUCUUUCAAUCGUGAGCGGAGCGUUAAGUACAUGGCUUCCUGAGACUAGGAAUGCUCCUCUUUAUGAAACGUUAAAGCAACAAGAAGAUGAAGAGAAACUUCGUCGACUACCACCCGAUUCGUGGCUCACUGUAACCUAAUUUUAGAGCUUUGAAAUAAGACAACCAUGGUGUCUCUUAAACAUUAUGCAUUUAAAUCCGUAUAAAAGAAUGAAUCAAUGCAAACUUUAAGCUACCAUGUGUCUUCAUUUAUGUUGUGGAGCAGAGUCAGAGACCAUUACAAAGCUCCAGAAACCAAACAACCAAAUUCAAUAUUCU